UAACAUUUUUGUUAGGAAAAGAACUAAAGAGACAUGACGGCUGAGGCAACGGCCUGAUGAAAUGUGCGAAACGGUGAUCGUGUACACCGCGAAGCACUAGAUCUGCGGGCCGUAACCUCUCUGAACUCGAUACUCGAACUCAACACUCACUCACUGCACACCACUUCCUUCUCUUCUCUCUCUUUCGCUUCCAUGGAUCUCUGCUGAUUCUUCAGAUCCAGCAUGGCCAACUUCCUCGCUCAGUUCCAGACAAUUAAGAACACCUCCGAUCGCCUCGUCAUUUCAGGCAAAGUUAAGAGAGGUCCAUUGCAUUGGCAACUGCAAGAAUAAUCUCAACUGUUGUGACUCCUCGCAAUAGAAGCAGAAACAGUAAUCAACAGUAGAUGUAGGCUAUCAUUGAUCUAGAUGUGUGUGUGUAUGACCUUAUAUUGAUGCUUCAUCAAAAUGAUUCUCAGUGGAGGAUGUGAGUGACAUUUGGCCAACUGUCAAGCCUGCAUUUGAGGCGCGUUUGCCGUUCAAAAGAGCGACUUUGAAUAACAAGACGCGGAACCCUGUCUUUGUUGAGGCAUUGCCUGCUGAGUUUAUAUUAACUACAGAUUCAAGACUCCGUAGCCGGUUCCCUCACGAGCAGUUUUUGUUUUGGUUCCGGGAGCCGUAUGCCAAUAUUGUACUUGUCACCUGUGAGGAUCUGGAUGAGUUCAAAACCAUCCUUAAACCACGCUUGAAAUUGAUUGUCCAAAAUGAUGAAAGGGAGUGGUUUGUUGUAUUUGUAUCUAAAGCUCAUCCAGCUAAUGAUCAAGCAAGCAAAAUGGCGAAGAAAGUAUAUGCUAAACUUGAAGUUGAGUUUAACACCAAAAAAAGAGAAAGAUGCUGCAAAUAUGAUAUGCAUCUCCCUGAAGCAAACUUUUGGGAGGAUCUAGAAUCAAAGAUAAUGGAAUGCAUCAGAAAUACCCUGGAUAGGCGUGUACAAUUCUAUGAGGAUGAGAUACGAAAGCUCAGUGAACAGCGACUCAUGCCAGUCUGGAACUUCUGCAAUUUUUUUAUUCUUAAGGAAAGCUUGGCUUUUAUGUUUGAAAUGGCUCACCUUCAUGAAGAUGCCUUACGGGAAUAUGACGAACUAGAACUCUGCUAUCUUGAAACAGUUAACGUGACUGGAAAGCAGAGAGACUUUGGAGGGGCAGAUCAUGGUGACGACCAGGCAGCAUUGGUUAAUCCAGGAAAUAAAGCAUUGACACAGAUUGUUCAAGAGGACUCAUUUAGGGAAUUUGAAUUCAGACAGUAUCUAUUUGCCUGUCAAUCAAAGCUCUUAUUCAAGCUCAAUCGUCCCAUCGAGGCUGCAUCACGAGGCUAUUCAUUCAUAAUAAGCUUCUCAAAAUCGUUGGCAUUGCAUGAGCGUAUACUGCCUUUUUGUAUGCGUGAAGUCUGGGUAACAACUGCUUGUUUGGCCUUAAUUGAAGCAACCACUUCUAAUUAUAAAGAUGAACUUGUGGCACCUGACAUAGAGAAGGAGUUUUUUCGUCUUCUGGGUGACCUGUAUUCUCUAGCUAGAGUUAAGUUCAUGAGGCUUGCCUAUUUAAUUGGGUAUGGAACUGAUAUAGAAAGAAGUCCUGUCAACAGUGCUUCCCUCAGCUUGCUACCUUGGCCUAAGCCAGCUGUAUGGCCUACAGUUCCUGCCGACGCUUCAACAGAGGUGCUUGAGAAAGAAAAGCUGAUUCUCCAAACAACUUCUAGAACCAAGUCCUUUGGUAUCCAGAGGAAACCUCUGCCUCUGGAACCUACUGUUCUUCUACGAGAGGCCAACAGGCGGAGGGCUUCACUUUCAGCUGGAAAUAUGUCUGAAAUGUUUGACAGUCGCCAGGGUCCAAUGGAAGGAUCAGGUUUCGACUCAUCCACAAGAAUGUCACCACCGCGUAAAGCACUUGCAAGUUCUUCCAUGUCACGUACAAAUUCUUCACCAGGAAACUUCGAGGGUUCAAUUGACCGACCGAUGAGGCUUGCUGAAAUUUUUAUUGCUGCUGAGCAUGCUUUGAAGCAAACAAUUUCCAAUCCAGAACUGUGGAAGUCAUUAUCAUCAUCUGAGGAGUUUGAGCAAAAAUAUUUAGAUUUAACUAAAGGUGCUGCUGAUAAUUACCAUCGUUCCUGGUGGAAAAGACAUGGUGUUGUCCUUGAUGGUGAGAUAGCAGCUGUUGCUUUUAAGCAUGGACAUUUUGAUCAAGCUGCAAAGUCAUAUGAGAAGGUUUGUGCUCUGUAUGCUGGUGAAGGAUGGCAGGAUUUGUUGGCUGAGGUCCUUCCCAAUUUAGCCGAGUGUCAGAAGAUACUUAAUGAUCAAGCUGGCUACUUAUUAUCUUGUGUGAGGUUACUUUCUCUUGAUGAAGGGUUAUUUUUGACCAAGGAGCGUCAAGCCUUUCAGUCAGAAGUUGUUCGCCUUGCUCAUAGUGAAAUGAAGGACCCUGUACCUCUUGAUGUAUCAUCAUUAAUUACAUUUUCUGGAAAUCCUGGGCCUCCAUUGGCGUUAUGUGAUAAGGAUCCCGGUAUCCUUUCUGUAACUUUAUGGAGUGGCUUUCCUGAUGAUAUUACUCUUGAUUCAAUCAGUCUUACAUUAAACGCAACAUAUAAUACUGAUGAAGGUGUAAAGGCAUUGAAGAGUUCUACUGCUAUUGUGUUACACCCUGGUCGAAAUACUAUUACCUUGGAUCUACCACCUCAGAAACCGGGAUCUUAUGUUCUUGGGGUUCUUACUGGGCAAAUUGGGCCGUUGAGGUUUAGAUCUCAUAGUUUUUCAAAAGUUGGUCCUGCAGAUAGUGAUGAUUUUAUGAGUUAUGAAAAGCCAGCUAAACCCAUUCUAAAGGUUUUCAAACCUAGAGCCCUUGUUGAUCUUGAUGCUGCUGUUUCAUCUGCUUUGUUGAUAAAUGAAGACCAAUGGGUUGGCAUUUUAGUUCGGCCAGUAAAUUACUCUCUCAAAGCUGCUGUAUUGCAUAUUGAUACUGGUCCAGGGUUGGAGAUUAAAGAGUCACACGUAAUUGAGAUGGAAAGCUCUGCUGGUGUAUCAGAGAAUGAUGGUGAUCAGGUGCAGAAUGAUGAUGCCCAAAUAAGAACUCUAAAUUCUGAUAAAAAAUUUGAACGUUUGAUUCUCCGUGAUGGUAAAAUAGAAUUUCCAAAUUGGGCAAGUGAAAUUCCUUCUAUUCUUUGGGUUCUGGUUCGUGCCAUCAGUGACACACUCAGCAGAGGAUCAUCUUCAGCCACAACAAGGAGAGAGAGUAUUGUAGAUGGAAUGAGAACAAUAGCUCUGAAACUUGAAUUUGGAGCAUUCCACAAUCAGAUAUUUGAAAGGACCCUAGCAGUGCAUUUUACAUAUCCUUUCUAUGUGAGGACACGUGUUACUGAUAAAUGCAAUGAUGGUACCCUGCUUCUGCAGGUGAUACUUCACUCUGAAGUAAAGGCUACACUGACCAUUUAUGAUGCUUGGCUUGAUCUUCAAGAUGGAUUUGUUCAUACUGGACAAACUGAGGGUAGACCUAAUUCAAGUUUCUUCCCACUAAUCAUAUCUCCCUCUUCCAAAGCAGGGAUUUUGUUUAGCAUCUGCCUAGACAAGACAAAUCUGGAAGAAGCCAGGGAGCAACCAGAAAGCAUAUUAAAUAUCAAAUAUGGAAUUUCUGGUGAUAGAACAAUUGGAGCCCACCCUCCUGUCAUGAAUGAAUCUGCUGGAGUUGAUGGUGCCAGACAGGAGUUAAUCUUCAGGAGUGCAAUUACUUUGCAAAGGCCUGUGCUUGAUCCAUGCCUAGCUGUUGGUUUUCUUCCUCUCCCUUCAGAUGGUCUAAGAGUUGGACAACUAAUUAAGAUGCAAUGGAGAGUGGAAAGGUUAAAGGAUUUGGAUGAGGCAGGAGUUUCUAAACAGAAUGAUGAGGUACUAUACGAGGUAAAUGCAAAUUCUGGAAAUUGGAUGAUAGCCGGGAGGAAAAGAGGAUAUGCAUCUCUGUCCCCAAAACAAGGCGCAAGAAUAAUUAUCUCAGUAUUAUGCAUGCCACUGGUGGCUGGUUAUGUUCGCCCUCCCUUACUUGGGCUUCCAGAUGUUGAUGAGGCAAAUAUAAGCUGCAAACCUGCUGGGCCACAUCUGGUUUGUGUUUUGCCACCUCCUCUCAGUUCGUCCUUCUGCAUUCCAGUUAAUUCAUGAGUUUUCUCUAAGUCUCAAUCCCACUCCACUCAAGCUUGAUUCAGUUUGUGUUCCAUAGGUUUAGGAUGUUUGAGAUUUUUUUUGGUUUCCGUAAAGUAGGAAAGUGUAACUUUGCGCCUGUUAAUUUCAUUGCCCUGCAUGAAAAAUCUCCUUAGUUGGAUUUGUGUUGCUUAUAGCCUUCAUGUAGUGAUCAAAGUAUCAGCAGCAACCCUGGCGCGUGUACAGUGGAAUUUUGUGCUCUUCCUUGUACGAUAGACAGAUACACAGACCAUAGCAUUCUUUUGUCUCAUAUAUAAAAUUAUGAAAGUUAGUUGGAACCACCAUAUACAAUUUCAUCGUUUUGCUCCCGAGCAAUAGAACAUUUUGUUGA